AUGAGCUGGAGCCUGGCACUGCCCACUUCUCCGAUGACGCCCACUGCCAGCCGAUACGGAGACCGCUACAUUCCCUCUCGGGCGGCGGCCAACUGGGACGCGCACUUCCACAGCAAAGACGACUCUGAGUCGUCUCCUGGGCCAAGGCAGAAAACAGAAGGCGCCAACUCCGGCAAGAGGAAAAGUGGCCUCAUCUACUCCACCGUGCUGAAGAACGAGCUGCUGGGAGCUAGGCUACAGAAGGCUCCGAGCCUGGAAUCCGGGGAGAACCAGAGCCCGCAGCCUUGCGAGUCAGACAGAAGGAAUCUUUUCACCUACUCCCCCAACACCUUCCACUGGAGACCCGAGAUAGGCAGCGAGAUGUCAGCCUACUCUCUGUCGCCCAUCAGCAGAAGCAGUCAGACCUUACUGACGUCAGUGCAGAGACAGGCCAGGAUCAUUCCCAGAAGCCCCUUCAAAAUCCUCGAGGCUCCUGAACUCAGUGACGACUUCUACCUGAACCUGCUCGAUUGGUCGCGCCGCAACGUGGUCGCUGUGGGCCUGGGCAGUACCGUUUUCCUGUGGAGUGCCGCUACCAGCCAGGUAACAGAGCUGUGCGACCUCGCCCAGGAAGAGGACGCCGUGACCUCUGUGAGUUGGACUGACCGUGGGACCCUGCUGGCUAUCGGCACGCAGAAAGGCAUCGUGCAGAUCUGGGAUGCCGAUGCCGAGAAGAGGGUGGCCGUAAUGGAGGGCCACUCGGGCAGGGUCAGCUCGUUGGCCUGGAACGGGAGCCAGAUUUCCUCGGGGAGCAGAGACCGAAGGAUCUACCAGAGAGAUGUCCGAGCUUGCCCCCUGCAGUCUCAGCGCUGGCUGCAAGGCCACAAGCAGGAGGUGUGUGGGCUGAGGUGGUCCACGGAUCGCCAGCUGCUGGCCUCGGGUGGCAACGACAACAGGCUUCUGCUCUGGAAUUGCUACAGUUUAAAGCCUGUCCAGAAGUACACAGCUCACAAGGCGGCCGUGAAGGCCAUCGCCUGGUCUCCCCACCAGCACGGCCUCUUGGCAUCCGGUGGCGGUUCGGCCGACCGCUGCAUUCGCUUCUGGAACACGCUGACCGGGCAGCCCCUGCAGCACAUCGACACCGGUUCCCAGGUGUGCAACCUGGCCUGGUCCAAACAGGACAACGAGCUGGUCAGCACCCACGGCUACUCGGAGAACCAGAUCGUCAUCUGGAAAUACCCGUCGAUGACGCAAGUCGCCAAACUCACGGGGCAUCUAUACCGAGUCCUGUACCUGGCCGUGUCUCCCGAUGGGCAGACCAUAGUGACGGGGGCCGGAGACAAGAGCCUGAGGUUUUGGAACGUCUUCCGGAAAGCCCGUUCCCAGAAGGAGUCCGGAUCGGCCCUCAGCCUCUUCACCAGAAUCCGGUAA